GGAGCGGGUUCGGCAGAUGGGGGAGGCGUGCGACAGCCUGGCAGGCUUUCAGGUGUUUGCGGAUGACCUGACGGGUUUCGGAGCCCUGGCAGCUGCCGUACUGUCGGAGGUAGCAGAAGAGUACGGCAGCCGACCCCGUGUGCUGUUUUCGCUAAGGCAACCGGGGCAGGGGCAGGGAGGUAGAGGCGGGUCAGCCGCCGCGGCAGCCCGGGAGGAUCUGAGUGAGGCGCUCGCGCUCACUCGCAUGACCGAGCUCGUGUCGUUGUACGUACCGUUGGCGGUACCGGCAGAUCGUACGGCACUGCCGUACUUGUCGUACAAUCCCUGGCUGCCGUUCCACAGCAGCGCCAUCCUGGCCAGCGCCAUUGACACGGCGUUGCUACCCACUCGCCUGGCAGGCGUUCGCAGCGCGCUUGGUGAGCCGCUAGGCGCCUCAGACCUGCACUCCCUGACUCGCCUCCUGCGACCCGUGGGUCACCCGGGGGCAAACCUUGCGGCCCUGCACCUGGCGCUGCCCUGCCCCUCCCUGCCCGCGGACCUGCAGCAACUGCAACAGCAACUCGACCAGCGAAUCAGGCCGCCGCACGCGCAUGCGGCGGUGACCGCUGCUGCUGCUGCUGGUACUACAGCCGGCGGCAGCGGUGGCGGCAGUAGCUGGGCAGGUUUGACGUCGCCGGCGGCGCUGAGUCAGGCUUUGCACGGCAGUACGGCACAGCUGUCGCUAGACGGUGGCCUGGCGAGCCUUACGCCCGGCAUUAGCGGGCGGGAGGACGCAGCUAGGGGCAGCAGCUGGGCUGAGAGCUACUGCCUGAGGGGUGGCCGCACGGACGCGGGCCCCGCCUCCACCUCCUCCGCCCUGCAGGCCCUGGACGCCCUGCUGCUGCGACAUCCCCACCGCAUGUGUGUACGACACCGCUGUGCCGCACCCCUGCCCCUGCCCGUACCCCUGCCCUUCCCAAGCAUCUUCAGCCCCCGCGUGUCGCUGCAUGGGGACGUCAUGCUGCGGCCCACGACAUUCUCCCCCGGUGCUGCUGCUGCUGCUACGAGUGCUGCUGCGGCCGCUUCCAGUCACACCCCGGGAGCAGCAUCCUCAGGUGUUGUGGCGCGGGCGGCGGGGCAGGGCGUGCACAGCGUGCCGGUGCUGACGCGGAUGCAUGCGACGCGGGAGUUCGAGGGCUGGGUGGCGGGCGUGCAUGGGCGCUGGGGGCGCGCAGCGGGGGGGUCAGCAGGGCGCGCGGUGCUGGAUGCGUGGGGACUGGGUACGGACGAUGCGGCGGAGGUCGGGGCGGCGUUGCAGGAGGUGGUGACGGCGCUGGGGGAGGAGGAGGAGGUGUAGUGGGGGCAGCAGCAGGAGGAGGGGAAGGAGGUGGAGGAGGUAUGAGGGGGGGUAGCGGCAGCAGGAGGAGCAGGGGCAGGUGGUAUAGGAGCAGGAUGUGGCAGCAUUACGGUAAGCGGCAGGUGGUGCAGCCGGUGGAAGCAGUUGAGUGGGAGGUGGGUGAAGUUGCAUGAGCCUGUAUGGAGGGAGCAUGUUGUGGCCUGACUGGUUGGAAGCACAUGAGUUGAUACGUCUUAGCAUGAAAGGUGGGCGAGCAGAGAGGUUAAGGCAAGCAUUGCUGGGAAGGAGGCUGGUAACGGACGGACCGCAGUAAAGACGGGAAGCACUACCUAUAAGGGGCUUUUAGCAUGGCCAGUUCAUGCGUUACCUGUCCGUUAUUAGCUGUCUGAGGCGUGCGUGAGGCGGGAUUAGGCAGGGGACUUUGGCCUUGUUUGGUGACAUGAGCACGCACUGCACAUGUGCAAUGCAUACGGACUUGGG